AUGAACCACCCCCUCUGGCGUCCCCUCCGCCAUCUCCACGCUUUCAGACGCCACAUCUCCUCCUCCCGCCCCUUCAUCCCCGGCGACCAUGUCCUCCUCCGCGAAGUCCCACCCCGCAACACCUCCCCCAUCUUCACCCGUCCACUGAAACCUGGCCGACGCAUCGAAACGCACCGCGGCCUCAUCCUUCACGACGAUAUCAUUGGCAAGUACCCGCGCGAGCUCGUCAGUUCGCAACUUUCACGACGGCGGAGUCAAGAUGGCAAAGAACCGCGAGGCACGAAUUACAGGAUCCAUGAGGUCAAGCUGGAGGAAUAUGUAAGACUCAGUAGACGCCUGGUUACGCCUAUCUACCCCGCCGACGCCGCUCUGAUUGUCGAGUUACUCGACCUACAUCCCGGCGCCCUACACCAACAACACCUCCAACCUUCCGAAGACUCAGAGUCAGAGCAUGUCCCCCCCAAACUCGAGAUCCUAGAAGCGGGCACCGGCCACGGCGCCCUAACCCUCUACCUCGCCCGCGCCCUCCACGCCGCCAACGCCCACCUUCCCCCACCCCCCUCCGACCCCACAGCACUCGCAACCUGGAAGGGCACCCGCCCCGCCAUCCUCCACACCCUCGACAUCUCCGCCCGCUACUCCGCCCACGCCCAAGCCACCAUUACCACCUUCCGACACGGCCUCUACACCCCCACCAUCGACUUCCACGUCUCCUCCCCCUCCCCCUGGAUCCGCGCCGCUCUAGCAUCGCCAGAACGCGGGGGGAAAUCUUUCCUCUCGCACGUAAUACUGGAUUUGCCGAACGCGGACGCACAGCUCGCGGAUGUUGUGAAGGGAGUGAGGGAUGAUGGGACGGUGGUGGUGUUUAACCCGAGCGUGACGCAGAUAUUGGACUGUCUUGAGCGGGUGAAGCAGGAGGGUUUGGCGCUGGAGUUGGAGAAGGUGGUGGAGUUGGGGGCGGGUGGGGGGAGUGGGGGGAGGGAGUGGGAUUGUCGGUUUGUGAAGCCGAGGGCUGGGAGGGGCUCGGAGGCGGACGUUGGUGGUGAGAAGGUUAUGGAGGAGAGCGGGAGUGGAAGUGAAGGGGAUGUUAGUGGGGAGGAGACGGGAGAUGGGGUUGAUGCUGAGGGCGAAAAGGAGGUCCGAGAGCCGCAAGCUAAACCAACCUCCGAGCGAAGCGGGCAGAAAGAAUGGGCGAUGGUCUGUCGCCCUAAAGUCGGCGAGCGCAUCGUCGGGGGCGGAUUCGUGGGCGUCUUCAGAAAGCUACGAGAGGCAUCGAAGGAUCAAUCCGCCGGUGAUAUGUAG